UUAAACCUGAAGUGACGUCAAUGACGUUUUGUUGACAUUUGUUUGUGAAAGACAAAAACAGUGGACACGCACAGGCUGGUAUGUUUUUGGAAACCAAACUAACGGACCUCGGGACAGACUGAAGACCACCGUGUCGUGAUUAAUACAUAGCUGUCUGUGUUAAACAAGCUCAGGUUAAGAUUGGACUCUUAAGCAAAGACGAUCUAGAUCAGCAGAUGGACGGACCAAGUCGGGAACAAAACAAACCGUGUCACCCGGACUACAGGAGAGGCUGAAUCAUUCACAGGCUAACCAGCCACCAGACAGUUGAGUUAGGUUGUAAUCUUAUAUGAAGGUAGCUAACACUCAUUAGUUAAUCUGCCGAAGAUUCGUGUACUUAAUUCUUAAUUGCUACCCAGUUUAUUAUACAUGUUACCAUGGUAGUGUAGGGUUACAAACGCGUUUUCCGCCAGACUAGCAAGUUAGCAAGCUAGUGUUAGCUGUAGCUAACGUUACCCUUAGUUACACUGCUUGAGCUGCUGAGAAGCUAACUAGCUACAAAAUGUACUGAGGUUGCGAGACUGCAUUCGUUUCGAACGGUGUUUACUACAAGUAGCUCGUCCGUUGGCAGUGACCUUAAGAAUGUGAAGCACAAUGGCCAACUUUGAAGCUUACCAGGAGUAUCAGAGAAUUGAGGAUUUUGAGGAGGACUCACCACCAGGGGAGGAGGAUUUACUGGUGCAUGUGCCUGAAGGCCUGAAAGACUCAUGGCACCAUAUCAAGAACCUGGAUAACUUCUUCACAAGAAUCUAUCAUUUUCAUCAAAGGAAUGGCUUUGCUUGUAUGAUGUUGUCAGAGUUCUUUGAACUUGUUCAGUUAUUGUUUGUUGUCACAUUCACGACGUUCCUUGUCAACUGUGUGGAGUACGAUGUCCUGUUUGCCAAUCGAGCGGUCAACCACACCGGGCCAGGCCAGAACCCCUUGGACAGGAACAAGGUCACACUUCUAGAUGCCAUCCUACCUAGCCAGCAGUGUACUCAGAGCAUUCAAGAGAAUAGCUGGAUUAUAUUCCUUCUCAUCAUGGCAGCCAUCUUCUGGAUCUAUCGACUUGUUAAAGUCUUUUGCAAUGUUCUUAGCUACUGGGAGAUCAGGCAGUUCUACAUUAAAGCACUGAAGAUCAGAAUGGAUGAACUAUGCAACUUCACAUGGCAGGAAGUCCAGGACCGGCUCAUCAGCCUGCAACGAGAGCAGCAAAUGUGCAUACACAAGAAAGAGUUGACAGAACUUGACAUCUAUCACCGCAUCCUGCGAUUCAAGAACUACAUGGUGGCCAUGAUAAACAAAUCACUGCUGCCAGUGCAGCUGCAGCUCCCUCUGCUGGGCAAUGUGGUGUUCCUCACCCAGGGCCUCAAGUACAACUUUGAGCUUAUCCUCUUCUGGGGUCCUGGCUCUCUGUUUCAGAAUAAGUGGAACCUGCACCCAAAGUACAAGCGGAGUGGAAACCGCCUAGAGCUUGCACAGCAGCUUAGUAGAGUCAUCCUGCUGAUGGGUUUGGCCAACUUGCUGCUGUGUCCCUUCAUCCUGGUGUGGCAGGUGCUCUACGCUUUCUUCAGCUACACCGAAGUGAUCCGCAGAGAACCUGGAAGCCUGGGUGCACGACGCUGGUCCCUAUAUGGUCGUUUAUACCUGCGACACUUCAAUGAGCUGGACCAUGAGCUGCAUGGGCGUUUAGGCCGUGGCUAUAAACCCACUUCCAAAUACAUGAACUCUUUUACGUCACCACUGCUGACUGUGCUGGCUAAGAACAUUGCCUUCUUCUCAGGCUCAGUGUUGGCUGUGCUCAUUGCACUGACAGUCUAUGAUGAGGAUGUUCUGACAGUGCAGCACAUUCUGACCGCUAUCACUGUGCUGGGCCUGGUUAUUACUAUCACCAGGUCCUUCAUCCCAGAUGAGCAUAUGGUGUGGUGUCCAGAACAGCUGCUCCAGUGCAUGCUGGCACACAUUCACUACAUGCCAGACCACUGGAGGGGCAAUGCUAACAAGAGCGAGACCCGUGACGAGGUGGCGCAGUUGUUCCAGUACAAAGCGGUGUUCAUCUUGGAGGAGUUGCUCAGUCCUAUUGUCACACCCUUCAUUCUCAUCUUCCUCCUGAGGAAUAAGUCUCUAGAGAUCAUUGACUUCUUCAGGAACUUCACUGUGGAGGUGGUCGGAGUCGGAGACAUCUGUUCCUUUGCACAGAUGGACAUCAGACGGCAUGGAAACCCAACAUGGAUGUCAGAGGGCCAGACGGAGGCCUCCAUAUACCAACAGGCUGAAAAUGGCAAGACAGAGUUGUCUCUUAUGCAUUUCACCAUUAAGAACCCACGCUGGCAGCCGCCUCAGGAGAGCUCCAUCUUUAUCAGCCAUCUAAAGGAAAAGGUGCAACACGAUGCACAGGGCGGCCCCUCCACCCAGCUGCUGCUCUCUGAGGCUCCUCUGUGCACCUCACUGCAGUCCAACGAGUCUGGCACUGGGCCUGAUAAUCUGUUGGCCAGUGUCCUGGCCCACCCCAUUCUAACUGCGUCGGGACUACAAGGGCGAGACCAUCGCUUCAUCCCACCAAGCACCGCUGCUUCUGCUGCUGCCAGUGUCCUGGCCUCUUUGUCCACCUCCCAGCUCGCACAUCCCAGCCGCGGCCGCUCACAUGGCCUCCUACACUCAUCCGUCCACCCCGAGAGCACCAUGUACCGCAGCGAUCGCACCAUCAUUGACAGUAUGUCUAACAGCGACUCUCGCAUCCAGAGCAAUACACUGCACACAGAGUUUGCAUCAGCAGAGAUGAGUCUCCAUGCCAUCUACCUGCAUGAGCUCCACCAGCAGAGCUCCCACCCACAGAGAACUUCGGGGCAGUGGCAGAACACAGUCCCAAUGAGAGAUCUGCACACAAAUGCUGGUUUCCAGGCACAUAGUGGCCUUGGUACCAGUAUUUCAAUGCCCACCCCUGUCCACCUUGGUGGCUGGCAAGAGGAGGAGGAAGAGGAGGAUGAAGAUGAUCAGGAGAUUAACAGUGGAUCUACUCCAAAACAGGGCACUGGGAGUAGUUGUUGAAGUGCCUUAUGUCAUAAGGUAUAUGCUCUCUUUUAAACUCUGUAAAAUGACACUAUGAUCUACGAUCUAUGCUUUGUGGUUCUGUAUCCUGUGACAUACUUGUUUGUUGAACCUAACAACAAAUGGCCUUUUAUCCUACAAGGGAUACAUCGCCAUGAUAAUUUCUCCUCUCUCUCUCUUUCUUUAAUUUUUUUUAUAGUGUUUACAUUUUACUUUCUUCUAUGAACAUUGUGGCCUUAGAUGAUCUUCAUGGAGAAUUUAGCAUGGACCUUUCAGACACCAUUCAGCGUUUGUUGUAGGAGGGGCUCAUUGAAUAACCACUUUCUCCGCACCUCCACGCCUCAUCCUGUCACAUCAGGCAGACUAUGGCAUCAGGGAAACCAUAUGUCUUCCGUCCGUUUUAACCUGAUUUUGUCACAAACUUGUACAGACAAACUGCGUGUAAAGUGAGAGAGAGACAAUAUAAGUAGUGUAUUCAUAGGAUCACUGUGUGAUGGUGAGUGUGGCCAAUUUUAUUGUGGAAGCAAAAGGCUCGUCGUGACUUCUGCUGAGCCUGUGUGUGCACAGUUCAUGUAUUUGUGCAUCACAAAGUUUUACAACGUGAGUCUAAGAAGUUUCUCACAGAGUGGUGUCUUGAUCUGUGCUACAAAGGCUGCAAACAGUAUCAUAGCUGCCUGAACAAUUUUGAUCACCUGAAAAAAUUAAUACAAUAUUUCAAGUUGUUUGACCCUGGUGAUUUGUAAAUACACUUUUUCGUCUUACUGAUCCUUUUAAAGUCCACAUUUUUACUACCAAAUCUAAUCCUUGAAAGAUACCAAGUAUUGAUGAUACAGAGCUGACUGUACAGUAGCUGUACCACUAAAACACCAUGUGUACCUGGCAAAAGCCCUAUUUGGGUUUGACAAAACAUGUCUUUAAUCCAGACAUACACAUGCUUUGAUGCUGCUGUCUGUGUUUAGUGGUCCUAAAUACAGAUUUUAUUCAGUAUUAAUAUUUCCACAGAUUAUGUAUUAAGACAUUACUUUUCCUCAAAAACAGAGCUGAAAUCAUGGGCCCCAAAUACACUUGGCGUCAAAAUCUGAUGCAGAUAUAAGAUGUCUUUUAAGUAUAUUUAAGCUGGACAUAAAAUCAGCUUUAUGCCUUAACACCCAUAUAAAAGCAUAUGUAUUUAAAUCCUAGUUUUCCAUAUUACCUCAGUGGUGGUGAAGAAAAACUAAUAUUCCAAUCAAUACCUCUGCAGUGUAUUUACUCUUGUAAAAAUAUAUACAGUACAUAAAGGUUUAUUUACAGUGUACAGGUGCAUCUUUUAACUGCAUUUAGAUUUUAAUGGCAGGUGUAAAUGGAAUCUGUUUCAUUAUCUGUUCUUAUUACUUGCCCAGCAGAUGUUUUGAGUCAAGCAUCAAUGUCCCAGAAAUGGUGGGGAUUCAUUUUUUAAAAAAUUGUUUUAUAGAACAAAACAGGGUGGUAUUGCUUUUACAAAUCUUUGUUGUGUACAUUAACAUAAUGGAUGGAACGUCAUCAUAAGGGCUGAUUUCAGAGUGUGCGCUGUUGCUUCUGUAGCUUUAGGUUUGAAGAUUUUAGGACAGCAGUUCCUCUCAGUAUUGGCUUUAUACUUUUAAAGUAAAGAAAAAAAGCCUUUCCACAUUCAGCAUCAUUUGUUAGCUUUAGGUUUAUUUAUUACCUGUCUCCCAGAUAUUUAAUUGAUAUAUGUGUAUUAUUUAUUUGAAAACAUUUUUUAGAUUUUGUCAAAUAAUUUACUUUCACAAAAGCUUAUAAUCUUGUUAAUAAAUGAAAUGGCAUGUGCCACACACACACUACUAAAAAUAGUUUUAAAAAAACAAUUUUUGAUUUUGAAAAUCUAAUGAAAAGGUUUUAUUAAUGCAAAGAUAACAUUGCCAGCUGCAUGACGUUGAAUGUGAUUUACACUUUAAGUAAACUGAGACUAAAUCUGCGUGUUGAUGCAGCGGGCAAAAUAUCUUUCUACCCAUUUUAUAUUGCAUCACAGAUCACAGUAAUAUAGAUCUCAUCCUCCUCGACUGCAAGACUUCAGAGGGUACAAAUGUGUCUUUACCCUCUCGUAUGUUUUGAAACUAUUACACAGUGUGUCUGUGGAAGGAAUGCGUUUUGACACCUGUGUCAUUAUGUUAACAUGAACGCCGAAUUUUGCACUGACAGAAAAUAAACCUUUUUUUUAUGUGUGCAUAUAUACAGUACUUGCAACAGUUACGUUUUAGACAGGACAGUACUCAGAAGGGACACUGAGUCAGUCUCCAUCUUGAAUGACCUCUUCUCAUUGUUUGUAUAUAAGCAAAGCAUCAGCACGUAUUGUAUCGUCAUUGUCCACAGCAGACCACCCGGAAACACUGUGGCCAAUCACAUGAGGUCGGUCUUACCUCUGGUCAGUAAAGGUUUGCCCUGUAGGGGAUGAUGUGUGUUUCUGUCACACUGUUAAAUAUGCUUACAUGGGUAUUGUGGUCACUGUCCAUUUGUGCAGCAAGUUUAUUAUUGUAGAGACACUGGAGCUCAGCUUUGUGCACAGAGUUGAUUUCUUUUGACAGUCUCCACAUUUACACCUCACUGUUAUGUCUGUCAUUUUAUUUUAAACAGUGCCUUAGUAUUAAGGAUUACUAUUUGCUCUUUAUUGAAUCAAUUUCAUGUAAAACAUUGGAUUUACUUUCACAGAUUUAGCAGCACAUACUAUAUACAGUAUUUCUUUUGGCAAGUCAUUGUGUAUAGCAUCAAGUAUGUAGUGAAGAUGUGGAUGUGGCUUGUAAGAUGAGUUGCAAACUGAUCUUGCGUCAGUCUGUUGCAUCUGACAGCACACUUCUUAUCAUGGUGUCUAAAUUUGCACUGUCCUCAAUAUCCUAAAGAAGCAGGAGCUUGCCUUGUAAGUGGCACUGUCAUCAUGGCCAACCUCACCGUACUAUGGUUUCUUAUCCACUAUACACCAGUCUAAGAAUCACAGUGACUGGAACAAGGUGCUAAGUUUUCAUCCUGGAAUGUUGAAUAUGUUUUAAGAUAUUUUUUGUUACAUAGGUUUGUCUGUUUUGUUUUGUUCUGUAAAUUAAGAAACUCUAGCUGAAAAAUGAAACAUGCCAAAAGAAGUUGUUUUCGGCAUAGCUUUACAAUACAUGUGUUGUUUUCUGUGAGUGAGUAGAGAGGCAAAUAAAUCUUAUUUUGAGUGUAUUUAAUCAUUUCAUGUGUGGUUGUGAUGUUUAUUUGAAAUAAAAAUAUAUUUUAAUUUUU